AUGGACAUUGAUCGCAACAUCUACAAUUCCGGUGCCGCCCCAUUUGAGAGCGAGGCCCGCGAGGCCACAGCGCCCAGUGUGCCGGGCGUCACGUCGACAUCCCCCGCCCGCCCAGGCUCCGGCCGGGUGCAGCGUGCCAGCGCGCUCAAAGCAAGCCAGCGCGUGUCGAGCUGGGCGGAGCGGGAAGCCAUGCCCUUCACGGCUGUGGCGGGGCGCGACAUCUUCGUCACCUCCAAGACCAAGGCCCACACGCGGCGCACCCCCCCCGCCGAGCAGCCGCCGGCCGCGGCCAAGCACCAGCGCACCGCGCAGCAGGCCGAUGCGCGGCGCCGCGACCGCCGCCGCUCCCCCUCCACGCCCGAGCCCGGCGCGGGACGGGCUGCCUCGGACGCCAAGCGCCCGUGCCGCGCACGAGGCGGGCAGCGGGCGUCCACCGCGGAAGACGGCGCCUCUGGCUCCGACUCCGAGGCGGCGCUGAGCGGGGACGAGCUGUAUGGCUGCCCCAAGUGCCGCGCCGAGGAGUUUGCUGACCCCGUGGCCUACAUCGCGCGCAUCACGGGGGAGGCCUGCGGGCAGGGCGCGGCGCACAUCAUACCCCCGCCCGGCUGGGACCCGCCCUUUGCACUGGAGCGCGGGACGACGGGCACCAGCAUGGAGUCCUUCCGCUUCGCCAUCCGCCGCCAGCCCACCGCCAAGCUCUGCGUGCGCGGCGCCGGCGUCGGCAAGGGGUCCGGCGGCGGCGGCGGCGGCGGCGCCACGCACGCCGCGGGGCGCUGCGCUGGCCGCGCGCUCCUGAACGGGGCGGGCGGGGUCGGGGAUGGGGCCUGCGCGGCCGGCGACGGCGCGUGUGAGGACACGAUGCACGAUCGCAUGGACGCCGACGCCUCUGCUGACGAGGCCUCCUCGUCCGGCUCCGACUCCGACUCCGAGUCCGAGUUUGGUUUCCCCACUCUCCAGCGCCGGCACACGCUGCGCUCCUUCUCCGCCUACGCCGACUGGGCGCGCGCUCUGCACUUCUCGGGCGCAGGUACUCGUGCGCCCUCGGGGCGAAGCACGCCGGCGGCGUGGAACGUGAACAACAUGCCGCGGGGACGCGGGUCGGUGCUGCGCCAUGCGCUGGGCGAGGAGCUGAUCACGGGCGUGAUGGUGCCCUGGCUCUACGUCGGCUCCGCCCUCUCCGCCUUCGCCUGGCACGUGGAGGACCACGCACUGUACUCGGUCAACUACCACCACAUGGGCGCGGAGAAGGUGUGGUACACCGUGCCGCCCUCCGCCACGCGCGCGCUGGAGGACGCGAUGCGCGACGCACUGCCGGGCCUGUUCGCCGCCGCGCCGGGGCUCAUCUACCAGCUGGUCACGCUGCUGUCGCCCGCCGAGCUCCGCGCGCGCGGCGUGCCGGUCUACCGCUUUGUCCAGCGCCCGGGCGAGUUCAUGAUCACCAUGCCGGACUCCUACCACGCCGGGUUCAACGCCGGGUUCAACUGCGCAGAGGCGGUGAAUUUUGCGCCGGCGGAGUGGAUCCCCUACGGCACCGACAUCCUGGACAAGUACCGCCAGAGCGGCAAGCCCCUCACACUGAGCCACGACUCGCUGCUGGUGGCGCUCGUCCAGGGCUACGACGAGGUCAAGACGGAGGCUGUGUGCGAGGCGGGACGAUUGCCCAGUGGCGAGGAGAUGCACGGGGCAGUGCCGCCGCCCCUCGCCGGCCUAGACGGCCUCGGCGCCGGCCCGGCGCGGUCGGUGCCCGACGCCCGGCCCGCCUCGGCGCGUAAGGCGGCGAACACUGCGGCCGCCGCCGCGCCGUCGCAGCAGGUGCCGCUGUUGCCGCCGCCGCCCGAGGCCGUGGCGCUGGCGGCGGGGGACGUCUGCCUGCGCGCCACGGAGGAGCGGCGGCGCCUGUCUGCGGGCUGCGCGGCGCUGGCGGUGAGGAGCAGAUCUGCUGAGGGCGCCGACGCGAGGAGCACAUGUGUCGAGGGCGUCGGCGCGGCGGGCUCCGUCGGCGCGGCGGGCUCCGUCGGCGCGGCGGAAAGUGCCGCCUUGACGCGCUGGUACGGCGCUGUGGAGCGCAUGCCGCCCCGGGCGGCCGCAGCCUCGACCAGCGGCGCGCGCCCCGCGCCCGCCCCGGCGAGCGUCACCCCGACUCGGCGCCGCUCGGCGCGCGGCCUGUUUGCCGACACCGCCGACAUGGACUGCUGCGUGUGCGCCUGCGACCUGUGGCUGUCGGCCGCGCUGUGCACGCUGUGCCCCGACCUGGCCGCCUGCCCCGAACACGUGGCGGCGCUGUUGGAGCGGGCGCCGGGGGGAGCGCCACCGGGCGACGCGCGGGCCUGCCUGGUGCUGCUGCAGCGCCACACCCCCGAGGAGCUGGAGGCCAUGGUCGCCGCGGCCGGCGAGGGCGAGCCGGGGGUGUGGGAGGCGGUGCGCGCCGCGCGCAGCCGGCGGGGAGUCAGGGAGGCCACCCGCGUCCGUCACCGCAGCCUGGGGCCCUUUGAUCCCACGGGCAAGAGGUACUCGAGCUGCGGCGGUGCUGCAGCGGAGUCGGAUGCACGCCUCAUCCCUGAACUCAAGCCCACAUCAGGCCUGUCGGAACCGGGAGCGUGCCUGAUUGCAGCGGCGCAUCAGUGCGCGAUUCCUGCCUGA